GACAGACCGAGCCUGUUUUGCGCGCGGGCACUCAAACGUCAAAGCUUGGGGGGGCGAGCGCGAGAGCGGGCACCUGCGCGUGCAGCGCCGUUUAAAACGCGAUUUUUUUUUUACCAUCUCGUGAAAAUUUCAGCGUGUUGUUUUUUUUUGUGCUGGACCAUCUUCACCCCUCUGACCCGAGACCCUCUCCAGCGGACCGACCCGUUUGUUCAGCCUGGUCGCGAGCGACUUUUGAUGUUAUGCCUCGUGAUGUCGGCUCGCGCGGACUAACCUGCGCGCUCGGCUGCGGCUUGAAGGAGUACGGCACGAUAGCCUUGCAGCGCUCGCGCGGCGGGCGAGCGACCGGGCGCGCUGUAUUCGUCGCGCCCGCUGCUUCUCGCUUUGUUGCAUUGCCGCGUGCAGCUGCCUCGCGCGUGUGAAUGCCUCUCAGACGUUCACCCCUUUCAGACGAACUGCGGUCAGCCAGCUCAUCCUGCUGAAGACUGAUGGCCAUCAAGCAUGCUAUGUACAGAGCGGUGGUCUCCUGCUUGUAACGGGGCUCGAGGUCGCUGCAGAACCCAUCUCCUCUCCACAGCUGUCUCUUCGCUGAUGGGCAUCAAAUCAGCCCUCGUCAUCUAAAUGAAGUUACUCAGCCAUGCAAUGUUCCUGGAAGGCUGUGAUUCUGCUAGGCUUGGUGUCGAUCGCCAUCCAGUACACAGCGAUCAGGACGUUCACUGGCAAGCCGUUCCAGAUAUGUCCUGUUCCAAACCCUUUGAACUGCAGCCCGGGGCCGGAGGCAGAGGCUUUCGGAGGCUUGUGCGACGAGUUCCCUUAUUUCUUUUACAACAACUCCAGGAAGACCCACAUCCUCAUUCUGGCCACCACUCGCAGCGGGUCGUCUUUUGUGGGCCAGCUUUUCAACCAGCAUUCGGAUAUUUUCUACCUGUUUGAGCCUCUUUAUCACGUCCAGAGCACCCUGAUCCCUCACUUCACCCACAGCAGGAACAUGGCAGACCGCAGGGUGAUGCUGGGGGCCAGCCGGGACCUCCUGCGGAGCUUAUAUGACUGCGACCUCUUUUUCUUAGAAAGCUACAUCAAACCUCAGCCUGCGAACCACACCACGGACAAGCUCUUCCGCCGAGGAGCCAGCAAAGCGCUGUGCUCUCCACCCGUCUGCGACGUGUUAAGCCCCAGUGAGGCGUACCUUGCAGAGGGUGAAUGCAUCCGCAAAUGUGCCUCCCUCAACCUGACCCUGGCGGCUGAGUCGUGCCGGGAGAAACGCCACGUCGCCAUCAAAACGGUGCGGAUCCCGGAGAUCAGCGACCUCAGAGCGCUCAUCGAGGACCCUCGGCUAAACCUCAAGGUCAUCCAGCUGGUCAGAGACCCACGAGGCAUAUUAGCGUCGCGCAUUGAGACGUUUCGUGACACCUACCGCCUGUGGCGGAUCUGGAGGGCCACUGGACGCAAACCCUACAACCUUGAUCUGACGCAGCUCAGCACCGUGUGCGAGGACAUCCUCCGGUCCAUCACCACAGGCUUCAGCCGGCCCUCGUGGCUCCGGGGCAGGUACAUCCUGGUGAGGUACGAGGACCUGGCCCGCAACCCGCUUCAAAAGACCAGGGAGAUUUAUGAAUUUCUGGGCUUGUCCAUGGAGAAGAGUGUGGAGGAGUGGAUCCAGAACAACACUAGAAGCACCAACGACAUCUCGGCCAGACACAAGUACGGUACGGUGAGAGACUCGGCCGCCAACGCAGAGAGCUGGAGGCUCAAACUGUCUCACGAAAUCGUCGAACACACACAGUCCGUUUGCCAACAGGUUCUGGAGGAGCUGGGCUACAGAUCUGUGAACUCGCGCGAGGAGCUCAGAAACAUGUCCGUGUCAGUCGUGGAGGACAAAACUUUUGUACCGUUUUUGUAACCAGAAUGAUCGCACACCUAUUUUUCUAAAUUUCUACUGUUGCCUUAAUCCUUAAAUUUGACUCAUUUCGAACAUAUUUGCACUAAGAACUUUGUAAAGCUUGGAAGCUCGCUUGACGAACAGCACAACAAAAACCAAACCAAAAUAUCGAGGGAGGAAGAAAUCGCAGUAAAACAUGAUCAGGAAGAGAAUCACGGCCCUCGUUGAGAUGCUAAUUAUGUGUAGUCGACAAACACCACCUGAUUCAUUUAUUUCUGUAUCCUGACCUGCUUCGGUGAUGGAGGUGGAGGUUUCUGGGUGAAGGACCAAAACUACUUUCCAGUACACAUAUAAUGCUAAAUAGAGGUUUAAAAUGGUAACAACAUGCAAUAAACUUGUGAAUGUGGCAGCCA